UGUUGAAUACUUGAAUCGUGCCGAAUGUUACGUUGAGGCUUCGAGCAUGAUUUCUUGACUGUUAAAUCAACAUUUUAUAUCAACAUUUUGCUGUUACGAUAAGGAUAUAAGAAAAUGGGGAAGAACAAGAGAACGCGUAAAGUUGUGACGCAGAGAUUUGCGCAAAUGAAAAAAAUGAUUAGUUUAAAGGAUUCACGAAUAAAACCAGAGCAACGACUGCCGUCAAAAAAAGCUCCGAAGGAAGAUAAAGCAAAAAUAAAAAUUACAGAAACACCACAACAGUCCUCGGCACUGUUUUUUCAAUACAACAUGCAGCUUGGUCCACCGUAUCACAUCUUAGUCGACACCAACUUUAUCAAUUUCUCUAUUAAAAAUAAAUUGGAUAUUGUACAAAGUAUGAUGGAAUGUCUUUAUGCAAAGUGUACACCAUAUAUAACGGACUGUGUGAUGGGUGAAUUAGAGAAACUUGGACAAAAAUAUAAGUUAGCGUUGAAGAUUAUCAGGGAUCCGCGAUUUGAGAGAUUAAAAUGUUUGCAUAAGGGAACCUAUGCAGAUGACUGUAUUGUAAAUAGAGUGACACAAUGGAUCAAAUCUGACAAUAGUCUCGAUGUUCAGACAUAAAACCUAACCGAGGCAACUGUGCGUUAACAGGAUUUGUUAGACUUUUAAAACACAGCUAAUUUCUAAUUCGAAUAUUCUAAUUAGAAUAUCUAUUAGAAUUCGAUAUGAAUCCACAUUAAUAAAUUAAAUUCGAUAUCAAUUCUAAGCCUAAUUUGAUCCACUAAAAUAUGGGCAACUUUAAUGACUUACUGGCGAUUUAUAAUUUCUAUGGUACUCCAUUUUGUCCAAUGUUACGGAAAGAAAAAA